AUGAAAUCAUUUAUAGGUAUUAUUUUAAUAUCUUAUGUAUUUCUAUUAAUCUAUUCAGAAGAUAUUAUUAGUAGUUAUGAUGCUGAACAAUAUGAUACAGAUAAUAAAACAGCUUACAAAGCAGCAAACUUUUGUCUUGGAAUUUAUAAUAAAAAACAUAAAGAAUCAUAUAAACUUAUUAAAAUAGAAUUUGCUAUUAAUGAAACACUUGCUCCUAAUUCAUAUAUUAAUUUAAUGUUCUUAGGAAGAAAAACAAGUAGUAAAAAAGAUGAUGAGUUUCAAGCUAUUUACCAACCUAGAUCUAAUCGUGAACCAGAAUGCAGUAUUGUACUCAUUGGUCAAUUUGAGGACAUUACACCUCCUCCACAAAAUUCAACUGGCACUAUUGGAACUAUCAAACCGGUUACAACAACCAAAAGACCAACCAGAAAGACAACCAAAAAAACAACCAAAAAAACAACCAAAAAACCAAACACAAAAACAACCAAAAAAGCAAACAAAAAACCAGCCAAAAAUACAACUAAAAAACCGAAAGGAAAAGGAAAAAAAAAUUCGAAAAGUUCAAAAAAAAAGAAUAAAACAAACUGA